UAGACUGCACAUACUACAAGCUGCUACAAGCCAACAAGUUAACAAUACACAUAUAGUGCCUUUGCAAAGCAGCAAAAUUAAUCAUUAUAUCAAGUUUACAAAUUAUAAUGUUUUCUCUAGAUAUUGUAUAUAUUAAAACAAACUAAGUGGAUUAUUCAAUAAGUGCUAUAAAGAAAAAGAAGCUUUAAACAGGACAGAACACCUUAUCAUUACUAUAAAAUUUAAUGCAUAAUAUUUUAUAGUUAAUCCAAACAUAAGAUACUAUGAACCGUUUACUACUAUUAUUAUUCUUCGUUAAUUUCAUAAAUAAUAGUAUAUCAUGGGAGACUUUUAUGAGGGGUCGAAGCAAAUAUGGUAAUCUAGGUGCUCCAAUUUUAUCUAAAGACCAUGAACUUCCAAGUGCUGAAUGGUUUACACAGUUUCUAGAUCACUUUAAUCCAACUGAUGCACGUGUUUGGCAGCAGAGAUAUUUUGUAAAUGGAGAGUACUAUAAGAAAGGUGGUCCAGUAUUUUUGAUGAUAAGUGGUGAAGCUGCAGCAAAUGCUAAAUGGAUGGUAGAAGGUCAAUGGAUCGAAUAUGCUAAGCAAUUUGGAGCACUGUGUUUUCAAGUGGAACACCGCUUUUAUGGGCAAAGUCAUCCCACUUCGGAUCUGGGUGUGAAAAAUUUAAUGUAUCUUUCAUCGCAACAGGCACUUGCAGAUUUGGCUUACUUUAUACAAUUCAUGAAUACUAAUUACAAGUUACCAGCUGGUACUAAAUGGAUUGCAUUUGGAGGUUCAUAUGCUGGAUCAUUAGCUGCUUGGUUACGUUAUAAAUAUCCUCAUUUAGUACAUGGGGCUGUUUCUGCUAGUGGUCCUUUAUUAGCAGAAAUUGAUUUUCAAGAAUACUUUGUUGUUGUCGAGAAUGCCCUCAAAGAAUAUUCUGAAGCAUGUGUAAAUGCAAUACUAGAAGCAAACAAACAAUUUCAUAUAAUGUUACAUCAUCCUAUCGGUCAACAAGGAAUAGCUAAAAAAUUUAUUUUAUGUGAUCCAAUCAAUGAACAUACCAAACGUAAUGAUAUUUCGAAUUUGUAUGAAACAAUAGCAAGCAUCUUUGCCGGUAUUGUACAGUACAAUAAAGACAAUCGUAAUAAUUCUGCAAUGGCUAAUUUUACUAUCGAUAGUGCCUGUGAUAUAUUAACGAACGAAACAUUGGGUAUUGCUAUUGACAGACUUGCAAUUUUGAGCACUAAAAUAUUACAGGCAUCAGAACAAAAGUGUUUGGAUUAUAUGUAUGAUAAAAUGAUUCAUAAACUUCGGAACAUAACAUGGACUAGCGAAGAAGCAGAAGGGGGACGUCAAUGGACGUACCAAACGUGUACAGAAUUUGGAUUCUUUCAAACUUCGACAGCACGCCCAAAAUUAUUUAGUGAAACUUUCCCAGUAGAUUUCUUUGUACAACAAUGCGUUGAUAUAUUUGGCCCAAGGUACAAUAUUCAUUUGCUGAAUUCGGCAGUGAAUAGAACAAAUAUUCUAUAUGGAGGAUUAGAUUUAAAGACUACAAAUGUAGUAUUUGUACAUGGAUCAAUUGAUCCUUGGCAUGUUUUGGGAAUUACAAAAUCAUCAAAUCCGCAAAUGCCUGCCAUUUAUAUUGAUGGUACUGCUCAUUGUGCCAACAUGUAUCCUCCUUCCAAAAAUGAUCCACUUCAGUUAAAAGCUGCCAGAGUUGAGGUUGGACAUUUAAUAGAUGAAUGGCUGCAUAAUUAAAUAUGAUAUUCUUAACGCUGUGUAUGCUACAUUCAACUACUUUAUAAGUAGUUUUUUAUUUUUGAAACAAAAAUGAUGUAUUAAAAGAAUUAAAUUUAUUUUAUUAACUUUUUGAACAA